UUCCUUUCAAUUUUCAAAACAAGCUCACAAAACCCUCCAAAUUCCCCGCCACCGCUAACCCAUGGCCACCGCUUCUAAUAUUCCAACAUCAACCACCACGGCCACCACCACCACCACCACCGCGCGCUCAUUGCCGGCCGCCACCACGGCCGCUACUACCACUGCAAAAUCCCCGUCAAGACCUCAAACUCCUCACCCUUCUUCAUUCCCACUUUACCACUUCUACUCAUCCCAAAACAUUCCCAUUAGAACUCAAACCCAAGCUCCAAACCCGACUUCAUCGAGUCAGCAACAGCAGCAGCAGCAGGGGAUCCUUUACCCAGUUGCUUCAUCUGGCCGUGGCUUUAUUCCCAGGCCUGUUCGUCCACCAGAUCAGACGGUUACGGUGGCUAAUAACCCAAACCUUACUCCUGGCGCGUACCGUCCACGUGCAAUUGGAGUCCCUUAUAGACCUUCAGUUCGGUCUGGGUCUGGCUCUCCACGCUCUCAUCUACAUUUGGAUUCUGGAUUGGCGCAUCAAUCUCAUUUGUCGUAUAACCCGGUACAGUUGAUUAGGCAGCACCCAACUCACUUGCAACAUCACCAGCAACAGCAUUAUUUAGGUGCUGCAGGUGGUGCAGGUUUGGCUCCAAUCAAGGGAAUUCCGGUUACUGGGCAGCUCAAGGCUGCUCCAGCUCUGUCACCAGUUUCAGAUUCUAAUGGCUAUAAAAAUUUGAGGGAUAGAGGCCGAGAUGAGUCUCUUACUUUGUUUAGAGAUCGAAAAUUAUCCAAGAACAAGAAGUUGCACCUGCUAUGUUUUAUCGUCUCAUUCAGUCAGUUGCAUUUUGCAGUGUGCUUCUAUAGAAUCAUUUUGGAUAUUCUGAAGAUUAUGGUAAAAAUAUCAGAUGAGGCUUCUCUUUAUGCACUUUGUCGAUCAUGGUUGAGAAAUGGAUUUACCGAGGAAAGCCAGCCACACUAUGGAGAUGUUGUGAAGUCUCUCCCAAGACCUUUGCCUAUAGCUGUUGUGGACACUCAUUCACCAAAAAAGGAAGGUGAAGAAGAAGUUGAAGAAGAUGAGGAGGAUGAGGAAUCUGUAGAUCAUUUAUCUGCACAAGAUCUCUUAAAGAGACAUAUAAAGCGUGCUAAAAAGGUCCGGGCUCGGUUAAGGGAAGGACGGCUGAAACGGAUUGCAAGAUACAAAACUAGGUUAGCUCUUCUCCUUCCUCCGCAUGUAGAACAGUUAAGAAAUGAAACUGCUGCUGGAAACUGACCUCACAAUGAUGAUAUGAGACAUCUUUAUCUUAGUACACCUUCUCAUGAAAUCAGUGAGGGGGGGAAUUAAAGCAGUCCACCCUGGAACCAGAGUUGAAGGAUUUGGAUCACACUUGGACGCAAUAGGGUAAAAAGUUAAUUCAGUUGAUCUUUUUACAGUACUAUGUGGCGAACUAAUAUUAUCCAGCCUGAAAAUUAAGAGAGAAUUUGUAAGGUGUUUUUACUGCUUCAUGGGGCUGGAAUGGAAAAGGGUGAAUAAAAAAUGCCACAAUUUCUGCCUGGGGUAAUACUUCAAGGUUGCCAGUUUACCAUUUUGAUUUUUGCUGUAAAAUGUGAUGGUUGGUUGAAUUUGAUCAGAUGCUAAUUUUACAAUGGAGUUGUUGCUAAGGAAUUGAAGCAUUUUUGUGUUCCAAGA